AUGUCGCCAUAUCAACAAAUCUUCUCCACCAAUGCCGUCCUAAGCGUCUGGCGCAAUAUCCGCCAUACCAAAGACAACAACGAUCUCCUCCUCGCAUUCCAGUACCACCAAGAAGAUGCUCGCGGCCAGAAGGGCAAGAAAUAUAACAAGGGCAGUACCGUGGAUAGCACGCAAGAGAUCGCAGAUGGAAAGGCAGUAGACAAUGUCGGAAAGAGCAUUGGCUUCGUCGUACCAUGGCGGGCUAUGCAGGCGCAAAGACGUGAACUGAAGGAAAAGGAAAAAGAGCUCGCGGAGGCGCUCGUUGCCCUUGCCGGAGAGGUCGCAUUUACUGACCUCUCUUCGACCCUUCAAUGUUCUCUCACACAAAACCCGCUUAUCCAAAUCCGUCACCUUGCUGCUGGCCUCUCACGUCAAAUGUCAAAGAUCGAAAUACAGAUGGCUGACAAUGCCCCUUUUGCACAUGGAAAGAACCUAUACACUGGAGGCGAGAUAGCGCAAAGAUUCCUUCCACCGAUACAGACGCUCUUCGAACAACGACCCGUACCACAACGCAUGAUCUUCGAGCUGCUGAUGGAAUUAAAAGACUUGAUCUACAUGGGCAUGGCCGGCUGCGAGAAGGAAGUGCUGGAGUGGGAAGUGGACGGAGCCGCGAUCGGAGCGCUCGAGGAACUGGACGAUGCGAUGGUUAGAGCAGUCACACCGUUAACGCCGGCUAUCGAGCCUGAGCAACGAAAAGAGCUGGAAACCGGACCCAGGCGCAUACUCAGGCGCAAAGCCUCGAGUCUCAUAUCAAACUCUCUUACAGUCCAACAGCCAGUGUCGUUCCUCCUUGCAGCACCAGAUGAACUUCUUUACAGCCUCGAAUCGCUCGAAACGACAGCGCUCGCUCUUACCCAUCUACCUCUUCCAAUACCCGAUCUCUGUGCGCACGCUGUCAUAACUCUCCGUCGUCUCACGCCACGGCAGACCCUCACAGACUUCUCGCAACAAAAGAAACGAAGAGCCGGUCGUUGCGCUGAAUACGCACGUUGUAUGAAGUGGGCUGGUACGCAGUGGCGGCAAAAUGGAGGCUGCAGAAGAGGCUGCAAGAAUGAGGACGAAGACCCUGAAAACCUCCCUAGCUGGCAUAGGAGUAGUCGCUGGUUCGACGAGAAGGGCAGUGGGACAUUCAUGGUUGGCGGAGGAAGAGCGACACCAAAAGACGAUGGUUUUGGAGUCGUCAAGAUGACGCCUUCGUAG